AUGUGGCUAUCCAAAGUCACCAAAGAAGUCCAACCUUUGGCUCAGGCUCUUGCAGAUGCCCAAGCAGUGGCCUUGGGUCCCAUAUUUUUGGCCUACUUUUACAGAGGCCUUCAUGAGAUUAUUUUGCCCAAACCCAUGUCAUGCAAUGUUUCAGGCCCGAUUUGGCUUUUCCAACUGUGGCUCAAAGUUUACUUACUGGAGUUAGGUCUAGCCAACGUCACCUUCCGAGGUGACUCGCUUCUAAGAAAAUCAAUUGCUAGCCUCCCCUUGCCCAAGCACCAGGUUGAGGAUUGCUUCCCUUUUUUCUACGGAUGCUCACAGAGGUCACCCAGUGACUUAUCCAUGUGUUUGGAUCAUCGUUACAUUGACUAUUUGGCUUUGGACCUUACCAGUGUCCCCACAUUGGAGACUAAAGAAGAACGACGAGAACUUUGGGCCAGUAUCUUAGUCAGUCGAGAUCUUCCUUUUGGCCUUGCAUUGAACAAAUGGAACCAUUACCCAUGUGGUUGCGAGAUUUACUAUCCUACCGCCAUUGGUUAUCAGAUGGGUUUCAUUCAAGGUGUUCCAUCUCCCAUGGUUGACUCCCACAACCACUUUUGCUCAUGGAGGGUAUCUUUUAAGAAAGUAUGCGAGGUAAAUUCCGUGGUGAACUUUAAUCGUGAGUUUAUCAAAGUUUUCAACUUCCAGACCUGCAACCCCGAAUUUGGCUACAUCGAAUUCUCUAAGGCUUGGUGGGAGAAAAUGUCAGCCACUUGGUUUUCCCAACCUCCUGAGCCACAAAAGAGGCAAGUGCCGACUCCAGUCCUAGUCAGAGUGAGAAGAGGCCACUUCCCUCCACCCAAGGUAUUGAAGAGGAUCGGAACUCCUCUGGCUAUGAUGUCGAGAUUCCACAAGUUGAUGAACCAUCCUUGCCCGAUCGAGAAAGAUCCCGAGGAACCCAUUGCCCCCAGGAUAGUGGAGCAACCCAACCCCACUCACUCGACCACGGCCACUCACUCAGCCGUUUCUUCUUUGGCCAUUCCGUUAAAUUUCAUUCUCACUACAUUUUCCACUUUAUUCCUAGAAUCUUGUAUUCCCAUAUUUGAGGCUGAAGUUGGUGGGCAGACUGUUACUUCUAAGGCUAAAGUUGAGAAGGCGGUAAUAGGUGCCAACCCUUCCACCAACCCAGAUGUUAACAUGGCCGAGACUCAACAUGUCACCCAGCCAUUAGGAAGUCGUGAGGUUGAUCGUGGAGUCGUUGAUGACCCAUCCCAUAUUCUAGAUCAUCAGUUUCUCUUAGUCUUGAGACCACCUCGGUUGACCCAACAACAGUCAGAGAGGAAGUUCAAAUUUUACUGGAUCACACCUCAUAUCCCUGAGACCCAACCAACCAUUCCACAGAUGGUCAGACUCUUCAGGUUGGGUCUCCCUCACUCUUCUCUCAGCCACUGCUUUUCCCAAGCCACUCAAGUCCAACCUUGGUCAAGGUUGAUCGGGCCUUGGGAAGUUGGCAUUCACCAUGUUGGCCUGAGCAUUAGGAAACGGAUUUUGACCGUCACCCAUUGUAGCUUUCUUUGUAAAUUUCAAGGUCUUUCGAUCAAUGAGGUCUUGCACAACAUUCCGGAAAACAAGGCAAUUGUUAGUCGCAUAUGGAAGGUUUUGGCAGAUCUCUAUAAAAGGUCGACGGAGAUUUUGAUCGAUUCUUUUGUUAUUCCUUCUUCAGAAGAGCUUCACAUCGAUCCACCCGAAGUAGGAGGUCGUAGAUGUCGCGAAACUCAAUACCAUCGAACUUCUUCCUGA